UUAUUCCAGUGACAUCACAAGCGUUGAUAUAUAUUUCGUAAGGGACCUGCAUUUCCACAUUGCCUACAUAAACACAGACAUAUACCACACCAACAGGGAAACAAACAUCACAAUCUUGCAUAUCUGCUAGCCUUUCAUGGACUUUACAUUCUAACUACUUACUACACGUUGGACACUUCAAGGAUGUCAAUUCAGCUGGUGUGUCUGGUGAUCUUAUUGUUUUCCUGCCACGGCACCUGUUCAGAUUCUGAGGAAAGCAUGAAUACCCUGGAAACAGAUUUGCUAAAUGAUCUAUACUCCUCAAAGGUAAACAAACCAGGACUUACAUACUGGAAACUCACAUUGCCAUAUAUAUGCAGUCUACUAAGUAAUGCAAACAACCAAGCUGAAGAUUCCUGGAGGAACAUUGAUGAGGAAAUCUCUUCAAGAAGCCAGCUGUCUGCUCCACAGAAUGAUGUUGACUUGGAAGCAGUGCUGAUGAUUUACCAACUUCAGAAUCUCUGUAGCAGCACACCUUUCCAGCAGUGGCAGCCACUGCAUCAAGAAUUAACUGACCAAGGAGUUUCAAACAUCAAAAAAGAAGGUCAAUUGAAGAGGAAAGCCCCUUACAUAUUAAAACGACAACUGCAUGUUAGCAAACCUAGGAGGCCAUACAUACUGAAGAGGAAUUCUGUAUUUUGAAUAUAUAAUCAGCAGGCUUACUGUAUAUUUUGUGUAAAUGUAAUUGUGUUCAAUGGUAAACAUACCCAAAUGCAAAUGUAAUAACUGAUCAGAAGAACUUCAGUGUUUUAACUUUACUUGUACCAUUAAGAUAUUUGAAAUUUAUUGCAUACACUGUUCUUUUUUCAUCUGCCUAUAUUAAAUAUUAUUUUUUUAUUCUGUAAUAAUUAAACUAGUACAUUUGCAAAAUGAAUCUAAUGAAAAUUCGGAAACAAUUAAUGUUUUUAUUUAUGCAAAAUGCUGUUAGAACCUGCAUAUAUAGCAAAGAUGCAUACAGUCAGCACGAUAUUUAUGACUGAUGGAUAUGGUUUCCUGAUUUGUACAAUAACACAAAUCCAAGUAUUUAACUUUUGCCUUAUACAUGGAUUAUUUUAAAAGCUGAUUUCAGAAAUAAAAUGCAGACUGAAGUAUACCCGUCUAUUAAAUUCAGUGUGAAAAGAAUCAUAGACCAGAAGUAUAUCUGUGAGUACAAAAAAAAAAAAAAAACAUAUGUAUAUACAUAUACAUGUACAUUUGUGUUUCUGUACCUGUAGCUCAACAUAUGUGUUAAAAUUAUUGUAUUUUACUGAAGUUCCCAUUUUACUAAAGGCAUUGCAAACUGCA